AUGGCUAGCCCUCAUGUCCUAGCCUUCGAUACUGAGGGCCGCCCAGUGAAGUUCGACACCUGGCUUGAUGACCUACACCUCUUCUUACAGCUCACUGCCAAAGAAGACAUCUCGCUGUACGAUCAUGCCUUAGGCCACGCUACUGCUCCUGCUGCUACUGCUGACAGCACUGCCCGCUCACAGUGGCAGACUCGUGACGCCCAUACUCGCUUCGCUAUUCGCAACUCUCUGCCCAUAGAUGAGCGCGAGCACUUUGGGCAGCACAAGACUGCACAGGCACUGUACACUGCUGUCGUUGCCCGCUACUCCUCGCCGGCCUCUGCCGCUCUAGGCCGUCUCCCUUUUCCCUACCUGUUCCCCGACCUAGCUUCCUUCCACACUGUUGCUGAUCUCAUUACCCACCUCCGCACUAGUGAGGCUCGCUUCCGCGCCGCUAUGCCUGAUGAGUUCCUUGCCAAGAACCCACCCCCGCUCUGGCUCACUCUCUACCACCUAGUCACGCGCCUCCCUGACACUCUGCGCUCAGUCAGGGACCACUUCCUAGCUCGCUGCCCCACCGAGCUCACCAUUGCCCUCCUCGAGAAGGAACUGCUUGCAGCUGAGGCUAGCAUAGUCGCUGUAGGUGCCUCUCGCGGUGACCCCCGUACCCCGUUCUUUGAGGGGUGUUCUCCCUCCCCCCUUCUUCCCUCUGUCGCCUCUGCUGCUGCUGUCGACCUCCUUGGUGCUGAGAAGCGGGGGUGGCGGUGGUGGGGGAGGUGGUGGUGGCGGGGGGGGGUGGCGCGGGUGGGGGAGGUGGCAGCAGUGGGGGGGGUGGCGGCAGCGGCGGGGGAGGUGGCCGGGGCGGAGGAGGUGGUGGGGGUGGCGGUGGACGGGGCAGCGGCCGGGGUUGGGGUGGUCGAGGAGGUGGCGGCGGCGGUGGUGGUCGUGGAGGCGCUGGCGGUGGCCAGGGCCAGCAGCACACUCCGUCGCCCCAGGAGGUCCGUGAGUGGUACUCUCAGCACGGGGGGGGGGGGGUGGCCUUAG